AUGUAUUCUACCACGGUUACCCGCGCUGCGACAGCGCUAUUGUUGACUGCCAACACCAUGGUGUCUGCUCUAGAUCUCGACAUCACUUCAGUUGAAUCUAUCAAAAAUACAGCAGCGACGAUAGCGUACGAUAUGAUGUUGGAGUAUAAAGGCAAUGUAUCAGGAGGGUACAUAGGAGUACUCCCAGGACCACCACCGAACCCUCCGACUGGCUACUACUGGUGGGAAUCUGGUGCGAUGUGGGGGAGCUUGAUCGAUUAUUGGCAUUACACAAACGAUACUUCUUAUAAUGAUGUUACUUCGGCUGGUAUACAGGCACAGGUCGGAGAAGAUAUCGAUAUGAUGCCCAGUAAUUGGUCACAGUCUAUGGGAAACGAUGAUCAAGCUUUCUGGGGAAUGACGGCCAUGCUGGCCGCAGAAUACAACUUCCCAGCGCCUGCAGACCCGAAAGCUCCUUCUUGGUUAUCGCUUGCUCAGGCCGUUUUCAACACCCAGGCCGUCCGUCCCGAUAAGGAGUGUGGUGGAGGCUUGCGUUGGCAGGUAUUCCCUUACCUUACUGGAUACGAUUACAAGAACUCAAUCGCAAACGGAUGCUUUUUCAAUAUCGGCGCUCGAUUGGCCAGAUACACUAACAAUGAUACAUACGCCCAACACGCCGAAACAACUUGGAAUUGGAUCACUAACGUUGGAUUGAUGGAUGCUGAGUACAACGUGUACGAUGGAGCUCACAUUGGGCACAAUUGCACAGAUAUCAACAAAGUCCAAUUCUCAUACAAUUCUGCCGUAUGGUUAUUGGGAGCAGCUAAUAUGUACAACUAUACCAACGGCAGUGCAAUCUGGGAAGAACGAACAAACCGCCUGCUAAACCGUACUCUACAAGUCUUCUUUCCCGAACCCCAACGUGUUGCCUAUGAAGUCGCCUGCGAGUCUACGCUCAAAUGUACCACCGAUAUGUUUAGCUUUAAAUCCUACCUCACUCGUUGGCUGGCAUCUACCAUAAAGAUGGCACCUUACACCCACGAUACCAUCAUGUCCUAUCUAAAACCUUCCGCGGUCGCAGCCGCACAGCAAUGCAUCGGUGGUGCGAACGGUCGUACGUGCGGAUUGAGCUGGAAUAGCGGAAAAUGGGAUGGAACAUUUGGUGUUGGUCAACAAAUGGCAGCGAUGUCAUCCGUGUUCGUCACUCUUGCUGAUCUCGUUCCGGUUGCGGCCCCCUUUACAAACGCAACUGGGGGAACGAGUCAAGGGAAUCCAAAUGCCGGAAGUGGCAGUCAUCACGAUACCUCGCUGAUUAAACCCGCAACGGGAUCGGAUAGGGCAGGUGCGGGCGUCGUUACCGCGCUGAUACUUAUAGGCGCGACGGGCAUGUUUGGUUGGAUGAGCAUUUAA